ACCGCCUCUUCUGGUCAGACGAGAAUCUGGUUUCCUGCCUAAGUGACCAAACUCAGAUGGUCAGCGCUCAUUAGUUGGUAGAAAGUUAGAUUAAGAAGGAUCAUUGGGACGUUUAUUACUGAUCUCUUCCAAUAUCUUCCUCGUUGACCCCUACUCCAAUCCUGUCCUGUAGUAUGCUGCUCCGGUUCGGUCAGCAGCUCGCUCGGCCCACUCAGUCCGUCUCCGGCUGGCUGGUGAGCAAGUUCUUCAAACUCCACAACCACCUGCUGGAGGAGAACGCGGUGAAGCUCUGCGACCUGCAGCCUGAUGAGACGGUGCUGGAGCUCGGACACGGGCCGGGGCUCGGCCUGCAGCACGCGCUCCACAGGCUGACCGGGCCGCAGGGGAGGCUGCUGGGGGUGGAUUACUCUGAGUAUAUGCACCGUAUGGCCUCAGAGCUGAUGAAGGAGCAGAUCUCUACUAGUAAAGUGAAGUUGUUCCUCGGUGAUGUUGCAAAGAUGCCCAUAGAUGAUAACAUUGUGGAUAAAGUAUUCCACUGCAACUGCUACUACUUCUGGCCUGAUCUGAAGAGAGGAGCCGCAGAGAUACACCGUGUCAUGAAACCAGACGGGCUGAUGGUGACAACCCUCCGGCAGGACCGAGUGGCUUUACUCGUGUCUAAGAAGAUGCUGCCUGCAGAGAACUGGCGUCCAGAGGCAUAUAUGGAGGCUCUGGAGAGUGCUGGGUUCAUAAACGUCAGCAUGGAGAACAGAAAACACAAACUGAUUCAGUAUGAAGCAAUUUACGCCACUGCUGCCAAAUAAAACCCUCAGAGCUUCAGCUACAGAGUCAGCCCUUUGAUCUGAUAGGACACACCCACAACUUAAAUCUGAUUAGCUGCACCCAGAUGAGCAGUUUUGAUCAUUAAAAGGUUUUAGAGAAAGUUUGUAAAUUAGAGAGUCUUAGAUUCUUUGUUUCUGUAGCUCCUUCAGCACUUCUGUCUCUCCCUGUCUAUCAGUACUGCUCGCUAUAAAUUGGGCUUUCAUUUUCA